AUGAAUAACAAACUUAUUUUACUAAAUAUUGUCAAUUUAGAUGAUAUUUGCAUACAUUCCUCCUCAUUCUCUAACUGUGGGCGAUAUCUGGCUUUUUCAUACGCCAACAAUGUCUCAAUCUAUGAAGUAGUAUCAAAUAUAAACCUAAAGACCCUUUCGGACGUAAAUGUAGACGCAUCAUUCAGAUCAAUAAUCUGGAUUCCAUACAAAAAUUUAGAUUACUACAACUUAUCAGAUUAUAGACUGUUUACAGUAGGACUACAUGGAAUAAUUAAUGAGUGGGAUUUAAAUUUAUUGAGACCAAAGAGAUCUUGCACAUCAUACGGAGGAGCAAUAUUCUCAGGAGUCCUAUCAAAUAAUUCAGAUAUUUUAAUAGCAUGUGAUGAUGGAUGCGUACGCUCAUUCUCAAUUUGGAAUGAAGAAUUUAUUGAGAAAAAAGAAGAACUCAAUUUCAAAAAGGUACAUCUACGACAUAAUAAAAGAAUCCUGAGCGUUUGCCCAGUAGAUGAUGGAAGAGUGUUUUGCGGAACAUCAGACUCAAUGAUCCUGAUAUGCGACACGAAUAACGAUGACUAUAGUAAUGUAAUAAAGAUAACAUCGAACAGGAAUAAAAAAAGAGUAAAAAAUGAAAAUGAGAAGAGAGAAGAUGAAGCUGUAACAGAAGAAAAUAACGUGCACGUCUGGUGUUUGUUGUAUAUUUCAUCUGAAAACACACUGGUGAGCGGAGACUCUAACGGAAAUGUUAUGUUUUGGGACGUAUCCACAUUCACAAUGUCCCAUUUGUUCACUCAGCAUAACAAUGACGUUUUAUCACUUGGCUUACUUAAUAACGAUACAUUGUUUUCAGCAGGACUGGAUAGCAAAGUCACGUUGUACACGAAUAACAAAUCAUCCAACGCUAUGCUCUUAAACGAUCAACUGGGUGCAAAUAUGAAGGAACUGGAUAAUUCAACAAAAGACUCGACAACUGGUUGGUCAGUUAGUGGAUUCAAAUACCCAAUUAAAGGAGAUAUUAGGACUUUGUGCAUUAACCAUGUCUAUGGGAUUGUUGGGAGUGCGGGAAGCUCAGGCUCUAUUUCACUUUUGAGAGCAUUUAAGUUUUUCGACUCCAAAAAGUCAAUGUAUAAACUUAUUUACCCGAGCGUGUCCAAGUUUAUUCCAGUAGUUUCAAUGAAUAGCACCAAGACGCUGGCACUGUGUAGAUACAAACACCACUGUGAUCUGUGGUAUAUCCCAGUCUCAAACCUGGCCUCAAGUAGAGAUUCUGAUACUACGUCGGUGUCAGACAGGUCGUCAGAUGUGGAGUUAUUUAACGAUAACUUUUAUAGUAAUGUACCAUAUAAACUGUGUCAAAUGAAAAUGAACAAGAACAAAGGAGGGAUUAAUAGCUGUUUAUUGUCACCUCAAGGAGAUGUUGUUGCAAUUCUGAACCAAGUAGGUAUCCAAAUUUUGUUGGUAAACCUUAAGGAGUUGAAGGUUUCACAAGUCAAAUUUGAGUACCAAAACCUUAUUGUCUCCUCAAUGGCAUUCAUAUCAAACUUUGAACUAAUGAUCAACCACUUUUCUGAGGAUAAAUAUGUGUUUAGUAUUUACAAUGUUAAAGAUGGAUCGCUGUCAACUGUUAAAUACCUAGAUUUCAACAAACAUGUAAUAAAAAUUUCUGUACAUUAUAAUCACACGCUUUGCGAUUUUCCAAGCACCGCUCAAUUCAAAGGAGGCAAAGUUUGGUGUGUGUAUUACUGUUUGGACGGGAACGUUUACAUUUCAGACCACGACAAUUUUUUGUAUUUUAUGUUGCCUAGGUUCGACUCAAACUCCAGGAUCUGCUCAGUGUCGUUUAAUGACAAUUGCGAGUUCCUCAUAGCCUUCUCGACGAACUUUAAGUACUACGUCUACGACAUAUCUGCUCGGGUCAUUGUUAAAUACCAGGGCCUGAUGAUCCAAACUAUUCCAAACCGAGUUUACAAUAACAACUCAAUGAUUUUAAACUCGUUUUGUAUCUCAAAUUUGGUUAUAGUCCAAACUACUCAUAACAUUUUCUACUUCAAAUUAAAUGAAGAACCCUUUGCUAUGAUAGAUUCUCAGGAUUCUGAAGUUAAGACUCCAGUCUCAAUUAAACACAAUGAUGAACGUGAGCAAAAUAAGAUUGAUAGAAAUACUAUUGAUAAUGAAAAGAAUUCUUAUAAUGAAAAGAAUUUUAAUAGUCAAAGGAAUAAAAAUAAGAAUGAUAAAUAUAAAGGUAGGAUUGUUAUUGGACCUAGAAGACUGUAUAAUAUUCCAUCAAUUGAGAACACAAUAUACGAACCAGUGCGUUAUGUAAAGACAAAUAAAAGCUAUAAACACGGAGUAGUUAAGGAAAAGGGUAAAAACGAAAGUAAAACCGAGAUUGUAAAAUUCACGGACGAGUCAAAUAGCAAGUACACGAAUAUAGUUAAGAAUGAAUUUAUCGUACAUACUGACAUCCUGUUGAAGGACGGCAAAGUGAACAUUAUAUCAUUUAAAGCGAAUAUAAAGGACGAUUUCGUAAGAAAGAAGCGAUAUGGAAAUUGA